AUGGCAAAUCCCCGCGAUUCAAUGAAAUCAACCUGGAGAACACAGGACAAGAGCCAAUGGACUGUUCACCAUCAUCUCAUUGAUCUACUCAACGGCUAUCAUGUCAACCUGAAUCAGCCGAUCCCAGUCCAUCAGAAGACGGACAAAGUGCCAUAUAUGCCUCAGUGGUCUCAGCUUGCUUGGGUGCUACUCCAUGCCAUUAUACCGUUAGCUUUGCACCAGGCUUGGCUAAAGUCUACCGGAUACGAAACGCUAGGACGACUUGCAACCUUUAAUCUAUACUUCGCCGCUUUCAACAUUAUCGUCAUUCGUGAAGUCCAUAUGCUUCGCCGACUUGGCCACCGCUUUGGAUUCCUGGACGGCGACCAGCACGAACGGGAUGGAGUGCCAGAUGUUGGCGUGGCAAAAGUCGUAACAUCGCUCUACAAGACGACAGGCUCCCGCAUUGCUGCGGCGGUCCUUUUAUCAUACAACGGCGAAUCCCCCCUGGAUGUCAUGAGCCAGGGUAGAUGGUGGCUAUGGCUAGGUCUAGAAAUUGGGCUGUACGGUAUUGUCCUUGAUUUCUGGUUCUACUGGUACCACCGAGCCAUGCACGACAUUACUCCGUUGUGGAAAUUCCAUCGUACACACCACCUCACGAAGCAUCCGAACCCGCUAUUAUCGGCCUACGCAGAUCACGAACAAGAGUUUUUUGAUAUGGUGGGCGUGCCCUUGAUGACAUACUGUACAAUGCAUUUGAUGGGAAUAGAUCUAGGCUUUUAUGAGUGGUGGAUUUGCCAUCAGUUCAUCGCAUUCACCGAAGUCUUUGGGCAUAGUGGUAUUCGGAUACAUGGAUCAGCCCCGUCGACAUUGAAUUGGCUGUUGCAGAUAUUUGGCGCUGAGAUUGUCAUUGAGGAUCAUGAUCUGCAUCAUCGAAAGGGAUGGAGAAAGAGUCACAACUACGGCAAGCAGACGCGACUCUGGGAUCGGAUUUUUAGCACGACGACAGAGCGUGUUGAGUCAAUGCCGUCAAAUAUCGACUUUGAGAACCGAGUACACAUGCCCAUCCUAUGA